AUGAGCGGGGUGCUGUCAGGGGUAACCACAUCUGUCAACCGUUCUUGGCCAAUAAAGAGCGGAGCGAGGCGGACCACAGGUGCGCGCCUCUGCGUCCCCUUGGCACAGCGCCCGGGAGAUGCUGAAGAGAGACGCCUCGCUGCCCCGUGGCGCAAAAGAGUUCCUGUCAAAGGCAGCCUCCUUUUAACUCCAGCUAUCACUCUGGCUGCGAGAGUUAUGGCGACCGCAACGUCCAACCACUACAGCGUCCUCAGCACCCCCAGCAGCGCGCCGCCGCCGCACUCCGAGUCCGGGAGCAUGCAGCAGGCGGUAGCGUACAGGGACGCGCACAGCCUGCUCCAGAGCGACUACAGCACGUUACCGGGCGGCGGACAUCCUCUCAGCCACGCGCACCAGUGGAUAACAGCGCUGUCUCACGGUGACGGCGGCGGGGCGCCCUGGCCGUCUAGUCCCCUCGGAGAGCAGGACGUGAAGCCCGUGCUGCACGAGAGUGACCGAGAGGAGCUGCAGAACUCCAGCAGUCUGCAGCAGCAGCAGCAGCAGCAGCAGCAACAGCGACACCCUCACCUCGCGCACCAGCAGGCGCAUCACGACGCCAGAGCAUGGCGAACCAGCACAGCCACCACGCACAUCCCCGGUAUGGCGACUUCUGAGGGCCAGAGUCUGGUCUAUUCUCAGUCCGGCUUCGGUCUGAUGCCGGGGGGAGAGCAAGGGGGGAUGCACCACCACCCCCUGCGGGACGAGGACCACCACAGCCACAGCCCGCACCUCAGUGAGCACGGAGGCGGCCCCGGGGCCCACCAGCAGUCUUUAUCACACCAUCACCAGCAGCAGCACGGGGGCCACCAGGACCAGUCAGACGAGGACACGCCGACCUCGGAUGAGUUGGAGCAGUUCGCCAAGCAGUUCAAGCAGCGCCGCAUCAAGCUCGGCUUCACGCAGGCGGACGUGGGUCUGGCUCUGGGGACGCUCUAUGGGAACGUGUUUUCACAGACCACCAUUUGCAGGUUCGAGGCGCUGCAGCUCAGCUUCAAAAACAUGUGCAAACUCAAGCCCUUGUUGAACAAGUGGCUGGAGGAGGCGGACUCCACCUCGGGGAGCCCCACGAGCCUGGAUAAAAUCGCGGCUCAGGGGAGGAAAAGGAAAAAGAGGACCUCCAUCGAGGUGGGUGUGAAGGGGGCUCUGGAGAGCCAUUUUCUCAAAUGUCCAAAACCGGGAGCGGCGGAGAUCAACUCCCUGGCGGACAGCCUGCAGCUGGAGAAGGAGGUGGUUCGGGUUUGGUUUUGUAACAGGAGGCAGAAGGAGAAGAGGAUGACACCCGCGGGGGGACAGAUAGCGGGAGGAGAGGACAUGUACGGGGACACCCCUCCACACCACGGAGGACAAACUCCCGUGCAGUGA